AUGACUUCACUGGAGCUGUACAGUAAGGUAAGGCUAAUUCUUAUUCAAGAGAAUUUCAGCUGUAAAGGCAUGUAUGAAGGAUUUGAGCAUACGGCCCGGCUGAGCCUUCAAAGAAAAAUUAAUGAUUUGAAUAAGAAAACAAAACUCGUACAAAGGCAAACAUUAUUAUGUUUCAGGACUCCUUUGGUUAACAUUGGUCAUCCUUUUUAAGUUGUGUUGUUAGUGCCCUGUUCAGAACAUUUCCUACUUUUGUGUGUGAUCUUGAACAGAUACGUUUAUCUCCCAAACAUGAGCAAUUUCAAUCUAGAUAUUAAGUAUGGGUUGAAAACCAUAAUGUCUGAAUUAUUGUGGUAAUAUUGAUGUAUUGAUAAGUGAAUUAGAUCUAUAAGAACUAGAGAAGUGGCUGGUCUUAGCAGGCUGUGUAGAGGAUGACCGGUGUUAAUUGUUAACACAGUUUAAGAGGCUUUUAUGCUGAUGGCUGACAAAUAUCUUGUCUGGGUGAGGCCAGGAUGUGUUUUAUGUACAUGAACUGUGUCAGAACAGAAAAUGAAAUAUUACAUAAUGAAAACCUCUCUUUUCAUGCACUAUAAAUACAUCUAGUGCAUGACGUCUGUUCAGCCUACAGUCACUAUUUUUUUCUCUAGGUCAGCACUCUGAUCAUUUUUAAUGUACUAAAGACCAACUAUCCAAUUGUCAGGGAGCCGGUGUGUGGAUUCCUGACCCAGAUGCAGUCUGGGUAUCAGCCCAGAUCCUCCAAGACUAUAGCCCCGGACAGAAACAUCUUCUUCUUCAGCUCUCAGAUGGACAGGUUGGAAAUGCAAUAUUAAUGUAUAACUUAAACCUUGUGAAUCCUGGGCCUCAUGAUCCAGGGUCCUGCCUAAACAUACCGUCCUCUGUCUAUGUCACAAAAACACCUCACCGCUUUUCCCUAGUUACAAGAACUCAUAUUUCCUCUUUGGUAGGAGGUCCAGUAUCCUGUGGGGUCCACCCAGGAUCUCCCUCCACUUGGGAACCCUGAUAUCCUGGAGGGGGAAAAUGAUCUCACAGCUCUCAGUUUCCUCCAUGAGCCUGCUGUGCUGCAUAAUCUGCGGGUUCGAUUCCUGGACUACAGCAGCAUCUACACCUACUGUGGUGAGCACUGUGCUGGCAUAAGCAGAUUUGCCAGUGCAGAGAUGACUGUGUUACUUCAUAAAAUAGGAAAAUAAGAGAAACUGAAUUUCUUAUAGAUCUGAGCUGGCAAAGAGCCAGAGAAAAGAAGCUCCUGUGAGCUUCUGUCUGUGUGAUAAGAGCUCAUAAUGUUCACUUUAUUGAGGCGGGGUAAAGGUUGAGCCCUGGAGGCUGUUCCCUUCUCUGCUGAAGUUGAAAUAACAUAUUUUGUUUUUACUGGGUUUUUCAAACCCACUUUGUCAGUUUUGUUAUGUGAUUUGGCAGAUUUAAGUCUUGAUUACCUUCAAAAUCAUUAAUGUUUUGUGUUAUUACUCGCUUAACCUUCCUCCUGCGUUAGCUUCUACUACACACCCACUAUGUUAAGGGUCGGUUUCUACUCGUGUCUUAAAUCAGCUGUAAAUUACACUAAAAACAAUUCUCUAUCAUCCAGUUUGGUUCUUAUCUUUAGGUUACCUUGUUAGGCUUCAUUAUCCAUGAAAAUAUUGCUUAGAAUAUUUUUUGUUGUUGUCCUCUGGGCCUUUCUUUGUCAGUAUACCCCUCACACAGACAUCUAGACUGAACUGAUCUCACAUGUCCGGACAUGCCUGACGUUUUUUGUGCAACUUAGCAGAAUGAGAAAUUUCCUAAAUCUCACAUGAUUGGAAAAUGAUCUGACUGUCAGUGUGGUGCCUGACAGUUCACAUAUGAUUUCAAUUUUUGCUCUAAUUAUUAGAUAUUGAUCUAUCCGGGUCAACAGCAACCCUAACACGACAAGUGCCAUAACUUUAAUAAGAGCAUUUUAUAAUUUAGUCAAUUAAAUGUUUUUAUUUGUAUUUUGUUGAAAUAGUGGUUCCUGACAAAGUCAAAAAGUCUUGGUGCAAAUAGACUAAUUUAUAUUCUUUUAAGCAUUUACGGUAAAAUAAAAAACAGACCCUAACAGAGGAGGAGUGUUAACUUGUGCUGAUUAAGUAGGAGAUAUAAAAAUCAAAACUUUGAAAGGAGGAUAGUAUAUUUUGUACAUUUUCUAGACAGUCCCAUCAGUGUCUUCUGUUACCCAUGUCAUUUCUUUUCUGUGUCCCUCCAGGUAUUGUAUUAGUGGCCAUCAAUCCCUAUGACCAGCUCCCCAUCUAUGGAGAGGAGGUGAUUGAUGCGUACAGUGGUCAGGACAUGGGUGACAUGGAACCUCACAUCUUCUCUGUGGCUGAGGAGGCCUACCGCACCAUGACCAGGUCAGCGGUCCAACAAAAACUUACAGGUUAGAUUAUAUCUUAUACUCUAUAAUGUUAAUGAUGUUUGUUUGUGUAGGGAGGAGAAAAACCAGUCCAUCAUCAUCAGUGGAGAGUCUGGCUCAGGGAAAACCGUCUCAGCUAAAUUCACCAUGAGAUACUUUGCUGUGGUUGGAGGAGCAGCACAGCAGACCAGUGUGGAGGAGAGGGUUCUGGCCUCCAACCCGAUCAUGGAGGUGAUAGCUAACUUAAGUUAUUUAUGACUUAUGCUCAAAGAUUUUCUGGUGGAUAUUUAUGUGUAUGUACCAAGUCAAAAACUCCUGAUUCUUUUGCCUGCAGUCUAUUGGGAAUGCAAAAACCACUCGAAAUGACAACAGCAGCCGUUUUGGGAAGUACAUCGAGAUUGGCUUUGGCAGGAAAGGGGACAUCAUUGCAGCAAACAUGAGGACAUAUUUACUGGAGAAAUCAAGGGUUGUCUUCCAAGUAAGUGAGAGAGGUUUAAUGAAAUUACUGAAAAAUGUGAACCUUAGAUGAUCUAUUUACUGAUUUACUGUGUGUUUUUGUAUCUGCAGGCAUCAGCAGAGAGAAACUAUCACAUUUUCUACCAGCUGUGUGCUGCCAGAGAGCUGCCUGAAAUGAGAUCUCUUAAACUUGGUGAGACUUGAUUUGCUUUAACAAUAUCACCACACUUUAUCAGUAAAGAACACACUGUGUAUUAUAGUUAUUUCCAUAUCAAAUGCAGUCUGACUGGAUCUUUUUUAUGCACAGAUGCACCAGAGCACUUUCGUUACACCAGUCAAGGUGGAGAGAUGCAGAUUCCUGGGACUGAUGAUCUGUCAGAUCUGGAGCGCACUCGCCAUGCUUUCACCAUUCUGGGUGGAGUUUUUACUGUCACACGCAAAUUAAGCAUUAAUUUCUUAGAUAUGUGAGGUAGAAGGUAGAAGGUAGAAGGAGGAUUGUAUUUUCAUUAAAUUGUAUUCCUGCUUAUGGAGAUAAAUGUUUGCUCUAACUGCAGGUGUGCAGCCUGACCAACAGAUGGAGCUCUUCAGAAUCCUGUCAGCAGUGCUGCAUCUUGGAAAUGUCAACAUCCAAGCCAGUGGGAGAAGUGCUGAAAGGAGUUACAUUGAUGUGAAUAAAAACUUUGAUUUCAACUCUCAUUUUUAUUUCUCUGUGUUGAGCAGGUUUAUCUGAGUUUCUGUUUUUACCCAGGCAGAUGACCGCUCUCUGGCUGUCUUCUCCAAGCUGCUUGGAGUGGAGGGGCCUCAGAUGGCUCACUGGCUGUGUCACCGCAGACUGGCAGUAGGGGGGGAGAUGUUAGUCAAACCCAUGUCGGGUCAGCAGGCUCUAGAGGCCAGAGAUGCACUUUCCAAACACAUCUACGGUCAGCUGUUUACAUGGACUGUUCAGAGGCUCAACUCUGCUCUACGCACACAGGGGGCAAGGACCAAGUCGUUCAUAGGUGUGUUGGACAUAUAUGGGUAAGUUGAUAAUUUUUAUUAUACUGGAUAAACUGUAAAUGUUCCUAUUUAUGUUCAAAGUACUAUUGCAAUGGUCUGAAGUGUGUUUUAGUAGGCUGGACUGAUAGUUCCUCUCUCUGUGUUCAGGUUUGAGACUUUUGACCGCAACAGUUUUGAACAGUUUUGCAUAAAUUAUGCAAACGAAAAAUUACAACAGCAGUUUAACAGGGUAAGUCCAGUGAGACAAGUUUAUUUCUCUGUCCCCCUCAGUGUCUGGUUGUAUUUGCACUUGUUGAUUUUCAUUUUUUAUUGUUUUGUGUUUUUCACGUCAAACUUUGGAAGAUAUUUGUCUGAUGGCCAUUGUCAUGAAUCACCACAAAAUCCCCCGAAUUUAAAGCUCCCAUGAGCGUUUUUCACAGUUUUUUUUUUUUUCUGACUGUAAACUAAGAUGAGGUUUAAGUAUUUGUAAGAAUGAAUUUUUAAUGACCAUAAAGCCAACUAAGGAUUUGGUGUCAGAACAAACAUUUUAAAGUACACAUUCACAAGACAGCGUCAACAAGAGGUAAAAGCAGGGUGACCAUAAUUUUACUUUCUAAACAGAGGACACGACUACACGGGGGCGGAGUCACAGAGUUGCACAAAGUUAAUUUUGAGAGUUUUUCUGGUCGGAUCAAGUGUCUUUUAUGUGCUUCAAACUAAGUAAGUCCACGUGACACAAAAUCAAAACUCUUGUUAAAAACCGCAGACGUUUGAAGGAUUUUAUAAACUUCUCCAGACUAAGCCAGACAAGCCCGGACAGCCCCCAAAAAUAGGACAUGUCCAGGUAAAAGAGGACGUAUGGUCACCCUCGUAAAAGGAAGCACUUUAUCCACAGGGAGGGCAACUGAGCUCAAACUGGCGAUUCCUCACAGGAGCUUCAAUUGAGAAGAUAAUUCAGCAACAGAUGUUAUUCUGUUUAGAAUAAUUUGAUUGUCAUAAAAUGCAUCCGUCUCCGUGUGUGUUGUCUGAAUUUUGUGUUUUUCUCGCGCAGCACGUGUUCCACUUGGAGCAGGAGGAGUAUGUCCGUGAGGAGCUGGCAUGGAGCAGGAUUGAGUUCAGUGACAAUCAGCUGUGCAUCAACCUCAUCGAGGGACAGCUCGGCCUGUUUGAUCUGUUAGAUGAGGAGUGCAGGGUCAGCCCUUCUCAUCCUCUUUUCUUUUUUUUUUUUUACAGGAUUAUUUUCUGUUUAUUUGGAAAUUUUCUUUGUCUGUCUCUCUUACACACACAAACACUCGUACACACAAUGCUUUUAGUUUCAUCUUUCAUCUUUGAACAAAACAUCAGUCGUAGUCACUUCACAUCAGAUAGAUGUUUUUUGUUGUAAAGAUGAGCUUCUCUGUGGUCAUUGUUUGUGUUUUCAGAUGCCCAAAGGCUCAGAUGAGAGCUGGGUGAGGAAGCUGUAUGAUCAACACCUGAGCAGCAGGCCUCACCCACAUUUCAGAAAGCCUCGCAUGUCCAACAGUGCCUUCAUUGUUUUGCACUUUGCUGACACGGUGAGUCAAUUUGCUGAUUCUGAGAAAAUGGCAAAACAUUUCUUGCAAAAUUUUGUGCAACUUGUAAUUAUUUAUGAAAAGUUUCAGAUAGGUUCAUUUAAAAACUAUUUGGAGGUCUCUAAAGAUUUUUUUACUUGUGUUUUCUUUGACAUCAGGUGCAGUAUGAGGGUGACGGCUUUUUGGACAAGAAUCGAGAUACGGUGUUUGAGGAGCUUAUUAACAUCCUCAAAGCUAGUCAGGUAGAUAUAUCUUACUCACUGAAUGUCAGGUCCUUUAAGUAACUAUUUUAAUAAGUGGGUCACUCAUGUGUGAGUUUCCUGGUGUGUGUCAGUCUGAGCUAGUGGCUGAGUUGGUCCAGCAGCAAGGAAAUUUGUCACCCGUGGCCAAUGGAAGUGUUCGUUCAGGAAAAAGAACCACCAGAGAGCACAAACUCACAGUGGGCUUCCAGGUGAGCUGCUUUUACUCUACCUUUAUAGUUUUUAAACUUACUCUUGGUGUAUAAAGAUUAUAAUUUGUGCACCUUGUGCUCCUUUGUUUUGCUCAGUUCCGUCAGUCCUUGCAGAUGCUGAUGGACACACUGAACAGCACCACUCCUCAUUACGUUCGCUGCAUUAAACCCAACGACCUCAAAGAGCCCUUUAUGUGUGUAGCUGUAUGGUUUCAGUUUGACAUCUGACUUUACUUUCUUUUUUUGUUACGUGCACCAAGCAACCUAACAGUCCUGCUUUGUCAGGUUUGAUCCCAGGAGGACGGUCCAGCAGCUGAGGGCCUGUGGGGUGCUGGAGACGAUCCGCAUCAGUGCUGCAGGUUAUCCAUCCAGGUACUGACCUCUUCUAAGACCUAGAUCAGCUGUCUUUUAAUGCUCUUCAAUAUACUGCAGCUUCUUUUUGUACUUAUUUGUGAUCAAUAGAUUAUCAGCUGUCUAUCUCCUCUUUGGAGCAGGGAAUACUGCGUCCAUGAAUCCCAAAAAGAAUGGGCUUUUAGGACCCAGAUCAACUUUUUGUUUUUGAGAUUUCUAAGAUUUUUGUUUAUCUUUAUUUCCAGAUGGACGUACGAGGAGUUCUUCAGCAGGUACCGUCUCCUCCUCCGAGGUUCUCAGAGCCAGGAGCAGGCCCAGGCCCUGUGCAGACAGGCCCUACCUGAGCUGAUCCCAGACCAGGACCAGUACUGUUUUGGAAAGACUAAAGUGUUUUUCCGGGCCGGACAGGUGGCUCUGCUGGAGAGGCUGAGAUCGGAGAGGCUGCGUGUUGCUGCUGUGAUCAUCCAGAGCCGGGUCAGAGGAUGGCUGGCAAAGAUUAGAUACGAUAGGAUGUGUUGGGCAACUGUGACUAUACAGAGAUACAGCAGAGGAGCUCUGGCCAGACGGUGAGGGUAGAAAUCAAUUCUGUGAUAUUUGUGAUUUGUUCUUCUAAUACUUUGUUGCCCCUAAGAUGUGAAGUCAUAUAAGGUUAAUGACGCUUGUUCAAGUUCAGGGUACUCAUCUAAUACUUAAAGGGAUAUUCCGUAAAAUUAAGUUAGGGUCAAACACACCGUAACACCGAGUUAGACUCCCAGUUGAGAGGUGAAUGUUGCUGACCGCUUGCUUCUCUAGUUAUACCAACUUGAGUAACAACCGCACGAUAGCAAUAGCAAUGAAACACAACUAAUCUACUCUCUUCCAGCAGCUGCUUGUUUGUAUGGAGACCUCAGGCCAGUCCAUUACAGACUGCAGCGGGGUGACGCAGCUCUAGGAAGAACAUAUAUCAUAAUUUCUUUAUCAUUUCCUUUAAGUAAUAAUCACCAUAUUAAUCAUUUUCCACUGCAGACCCGGUAGUUCUUCUGCCUUAGUGUCUCGGUCUGAUUGUAUUUCCAUGAAGAAAUGAUCAUAAACGUUCUUCCUUGAGCUGCGUCACCCCGCUGUAGUCUGUAAUGGACUGGCUCGAGGUCUCGCUACAAACAAGCAGCUGCUGGAAGAGAGUGGGUGAGUUGUGUUUAGUCUCUUUGCUAAAGAAACUAGACAAAGCUAAAAAGAUGUUGGCUAGUACUAUGGCUAGGACCCUUUAUGUACUGUUGAUGAAGUUAGGUGCUGUUCUGAGCAUUAUUUGUGGCUUUAGAGUGGCUUUUUGGUUGAGCGCGUGGCUCCUUAGAGCGAUGUGUAUUGCUAUCGUGCGGUCGUUACUAAAGUUGGUAUAACUAGAGAAGCAAGCAGUCGGCAACAUUCGUCUCUCGACGGGGUGUCUAACGUGGUGUUACAGUGAGUUUGACCCUAACUUAAUUUUACGCUGGAAUAUCCCUUUAAAAAUCUUAAAAGUUGAUAAUAAUGCUGACAUUAAAGAGCUAACUUCAUUCUGAAAUAUGUGUGUUUUUCUAUGUUGUGAAAUAGUCUAUAGAAAUUAGAAAAAAAGAGCCAGGAAAGAUAACCCAAAGCUUGAGAUUAACUUUGAAUUUGACUCUUAAUAUCUUCAGUCUGGCACUGACUCUGCGCUACACUAAGGCUGCCUUGAUAAUCCAGAAGACCUACCGCAUGGUGGUGGUCAGACAGCUGUUCCUCAUGAUCCGACAGGCCACCAUCACCAUCCAGGCCUUCACCAGGGGCACACUUGAACGUCGCAGAUACAAACAGGUCAGAUUUUAGCACGGUUUUAAACAGCUGGAUUAACAAUCUCCAGUUGCCCAUAUUUAAUCUAAAACCUUCAAUUCUAACUUCCCUCCUCAGUUGAUGGUGGAACGGGCUACUGUUCUGCUCCAGGCGAGCGUGCGUGGCUGGUUGGCAAGGAAGAGGUUCAGGCGCGUACGUGCUGCUGUGGUGUUUAUGCAGUGCUGUGUGCGUCGCAAAGCUGCAAGGAGAGAGCUGCUCAAACUGAAGAAAGAGGCCCGCUCAGUGGAGAGGUUCAGAGAGCUGAACAAAGGCAUGGAAGUCAAACUCAUGCAGCUGCAGCGGAAAGCAGACCAGGAGGUGGGUGAAGAGGAUUUGACUCUGUGUCGUGGCCCCCGACAAGAUCUCAAAUGUUCUCGGUUCUUGACAUGUUUGUGGUUUUUCAGGCUCGUGAGAGUGCAGCUUUGAGGGAGAUCCUACACGCUGAGCGAGAGGCCAGCAGUGUCAAGAUGGAGAGUUUGAGGGCAAAGAUUCAGAAAUAUAAGAACAAAAACCGGGAGAAGGCUCUGCUCGGCCCUGUUAUCAGUGAAAAAGAGGUGGAGGAGAGGAGGAAAGCAGAGGAGAAAGCUGCUCAGGAAAUUUAUCAACUCAAACAAGUAAGUGUUCACUUCCAAGAAUAACUUAACACAUUUCAUCUGUGCAGGUGAUUGUUACUGUUAGGAGUCAAGUUCAUUCAUUGAUAACAUUUAUUACUUAUGAAAUUAGGAGUUUGUCUUUAUUAAACUGUCUGUUAUCAUCUUUCGGUUUUGUUUAAGGAGCUGCAAGACCUGCAGAGAGAAAAAGACAGCUCUUGCAAAGAAAGAGAGGACCUCUCUGCUCGCUUGCUUGAACAAGAAAAAGCACAAGAAGGUGGAUAGUCACACUGCAGCAGCAGCACAGUCUGCACUUCUCUCUCUGUGUUUUAUUGUGAUAUGAUCUCUGUUUACUUGCUGUAUUUUUCUCUCUCUCUUUCUUUUUUCCUUCACUUGUGUGCAGAGUGUGUAGAGAAGGCUGUGUCUGCAGCGUGUGAGGCUCUGAGGGCAGAGCUGGAUGAAGAGAGGAGGAAGUAUCAGGGUCUCCUCAGAGAGUUCACCAGACUGGAGCAGAGAUAUGACAACCUGAGGGAGAUGAGUCUGCUCACUGAGGUCUGCAACACACACACACACACGCACACACACACACGAGACGACACAUUAGAGCACGGGUACAAGUUUAAUCAUGAAGUCCAUCUUGGUUUCUGAGACUGUUUGCUCUCUUCCUGAACAGCGCACUAAAGGCCACAGAAGGACAGACUCUGCUCAGAGUCUAAGCUUGGAGCCUCUCUCCCCUUCCCCUACUCCCACUCCUCUGUCACCCCAGUCUCUCACCCCACUCUCCCUGUCACCCUUCCCAUCUGCCCUCCCUUCUCCAGAGAUGGUCCGCAAGAUCAGUGUGACGUCUCCCUCCUUCGAGAGGAAGUUCUCGAUGUGGGGCUCUGACGCAUCAAUGGUGAGGGGAUUUCUUAGCAGUUAUCAGUAUUUUAACUUUUUAAGAUACUUUUCCAACAUCCAUCAUGAUUCCAUUUGAUACAGAAAUAAAACACCAAAUUAUCUUCCUGUUUGCACCGACAGGAUCAGUUGAUGGAAAGGAUGGAGGUCGCCAAAGACCCGGCAGUGAAGAUGAAAGCAGAGGACCUGGCUCAUGCUUAUGAUGCAGUACGAGUGGCCAACAAGUCAGUUUGAUAACUCUUUAAGUAUAAAGUCCUGCUUUAUCUUUAAUUUCAUGCUUUGGUUCCUGUUUGGUGGAUAAACUUUGUCGUCUGAGUCAGGUUUCUGGAGAGUCAGCUGAGAGGCCAGCGCAGUCAGUGGGAGGGGGAUCUGGAGGCCCUGAGGAGCCAGCUCAGCCGCGCUAUUUCAGGAUCUUCCUCCACCGCAGGGAGACAGGUACGGACUUAUGAAGGAUGUUUUUUCAUGCAUGUAAAGAGUGCAAAAACUGGAAAAAGACAUGUCUGCAAGAGUUUCAAUGUAUACCUUUUAUUUAUAACCUUUCUGCACUUUCUCAGAUAUAAUUAAUCAUCACAGCAGUAAAAUAACACAAGCCUUCUUCUCAGUUAAUUCUCCUGUGAGUUUGGCUUCAACAUAUGAGCGUGUUUGUGUCUAAAGGAACAGCAGGAACUACUUGAAGCCAGAGAGCAAGAGUGUGUGAGGCUGAGGAGAGAGCUAAAGGAGCUGAGAAACACAGUCUCUCUCAGAAAAUUCAUAACACAAGGUAAGAUCUCAUCAGAUAGCAGGAUUAUGCUCUAUUUUCUGUCGACUUUUGAAAGUCUUUCAAGCUAUUAUUUUGUUAAUUUUGGUGUUCAAUCUGAUUCAUAAAGUCAGAACCUAUGAUUUGUCCUACGCAGUAUCGCCUUUGCCCUUCUUUUGUUUUCUUGUGCUGCUUUCCUACUUGUUUGUUUUGUCUUGAUGUUUCUCUUUCUGAAAGUUCUGCCAACAGCUUUAACCACAGAGACCUCUCCUGCUCCAUCUCGACCAAAGACUGCGACUGUCACGGGUUUGUUGGAGUGUAGAAAGAAAGAUGAAAACAAACUGAUCAAGAACCUCAUCACAGGUGAGACUCAAAAAAAAAAAGGUCUCCUGUACUUCUUCUCAUCUUCAGACUUUUUUUCCUAUCCAGUUAGAUGCUGACAUUGACAGAGUUUAAAUGCAGGAAUCAAUAUGUGAUUUAGUGUCAUAUUAGAAACUGCUCUUCAUCAAAUUUUUAUUUUAUUUUUCUUUUAUUUUACCUGAUGGCAAAUUAAACUAACAAGUCACUGGCUUCCAGCUUUCUUUUUGUGUCUGUGAGAGCAUUUGUGCUCAUAAAACAACAAGGAAUGCAAAACAAAUAAACCAAUACAUUUUUUUCCGAUCUAAUCCGAUAACGAUACCUGGGCUGAGCGUAUCGGCCGAUAUCUGAUACUGAUCUAAUACUUCUGUUUAAUGAAUGAACUGUAUACCUUGACCUGUGAGUGAAGACAUCAGGCUUGAUAUUAGUAUUGUAACAAAUUACUUUUAUUUAUAUAUAAAUUACUUGAUAUUAUUUAUUAACAAAUAACAAAUUGCACAUUAGCACACUGCAAAAAGAAGUAAGAUUUCAAUGUAAACAUUUAGUGCAAAAGGAUGGCCAUACAUAGAAUAUAGAGCGAGCAGAAUCGCUAUGUUGCUGUGUAUGAUAUUAAUUAAGAGGGGAAAAAAAAGACUGGAUCUGAUCCGAUCCAGUUAAUUUGUCAACAUCUGAGCCAAUAUCCAUUCCAAAUAUUGGAUCAGUGCAUCCCUAAUAUUUUUAAACUUCGACUGCUUUAUUAAUCAAAAUCAGGGGAUGUUCAGAUAUGGGAUAAAAAUAUGACUUCUGUUGUUAGUUAAUCCCCUGACUAUUAUUUGAUAUGUAAGAUAUAUCUGGGAUUAAAGGCUCAGAUUGACCCUUAAAUUUGUUUUUUUUUAAAUCAUUUAAUUUUAAGAUUGUCAGAAAAAGAGGAAAAAAAGAUCCUCUGAAUUGUGAAGAUGAAAUUCAGACAUGAAAGACAUUUGAUCUCUUGAAACUUCAAAUAAACUAUGUUUCUUAUACUAUUCUGCUAGUAUAGAUCAUAUAAACACGUAUUGUUUCAGCUCUAAAUAAUCUGUGUCUGGUUAACAGGGCACUUUUUUUUCCAUUGUGAGAAUCUUUUGCAUUGAAGAAACAGUUUUUCAUUGUUCACUGAAAAUAUGAGAGCUGAGAAUCUUGUUAUUGUCUCAAACUGCUCUGUACAGCUCUGGGACGAUGUUUCAAAGUCGCAGUAUGACUCCCACGAAUAAAGACAAACAUGACCGUGUUCACUUUGCCGUCGCUGCUCUUUCUGUCUUUGGUCCAGACAUUCGUGUUGACAGUGCCCUGUCUCUGCCUCCUGGCCUUCCUGCCAGAGUGCUCUUCCUGUGUGUCCGUCAUGCUGACUGCAGCGGAGACCAGACUCAGACCCGCUCACUCUGCGGCGCUGCUGUCACUGCUGUGAAGGCAGCUCUGAAGGUAACCUGAGUUUUCAGUCUGCUUGAUGCACCAUAUGGUUGAGGUUGAAUGCAUUAAAGAGGAACACCUCAUGUCACUUACAGAGAGGAAUCCACAUCUGACUUUGAAAUACUUUUCUUGUGAUUGUUUUAAUUUGUGUGCCAAACAGUUUCAACAACCUUAAAGUUCUCACUUUUUAUUCACAUUAACGCUCAAGUUACGUAAAAGUUUUUUUCUGUCUUAUUGUUUUUGCAGAAACACAGUAAUGAUGUUGGUAUGUCAGCACUGUGGCUGAAAAACGCCUGUCUGUUGCAUGACCUGCUGACCAAGCACUCCCCAAAAGAGGUAGGACAAUGACUGUGUUUGUUUUCACUUACAUUUUGAGAUCUGUGCCUAAACAAAAAUCACGUUGCUGUGAUUUGUCACCUUGCAAUAAUUUUUUCUGCUCAUGCUUACAAUCUAGUCUGUGUUGAAAGAUGUAAUAAAUAUACAGUCAUUGCUGUAUUCAUCAUCAAUACUUGAUAACUGUAUGACUUAAAUACUUUACAGACCCUCGACUCAGGCGAUCUGGUCCCAAUGACCACUGAUCUAUCCGACUUGAUCCGCGCUCUGAGUGACCUCUGCAUCCAGGCCUACCAGCAGCUCCUUUCCAUCACUGAAGAUCGUCUACAAAACAUUAUAGGUACCACAGAAGAAGGCUUCAUAUGCUUUCUCCUCCACCAACCCCCUUAUCUAACCUUCUCCCUUCUUCUCCCCCAGUUCCUGCUCUUCUGGAGAGUGAGAACAUCCCAGGUCAGUCGGCCUCAGGGGUAAAGUUGGUGACUUCCAGAAAGCGAGCAGGAUCAGACCCAAGGCCUGUGGGACGUGACGCCCCCACCAUGGCAUCUUUGCUGAGAGAGCUGGGGGCACUUCACACUGCUCUGACCCAUCAGGAUCUGCCCCCCACUCAGAUAGAGCAGGCUUUCCACCAGCUCACCUACCUCAUCUCUGCGACCGCCUUCAACAACCUGCUGCUUAGGAAAGAUAUGUGCAGCUGUAGCCGUGGCCUGCACAUAGGGUAGUUAUUUUUGUUAUUUUCACUGUGGUGAUUAUUUUUAUUGCUAUUAUUAUUAUGGUGAUUAAUAUUAAUAUAUGAUAUGAUAUUGUUAUAUAUAUAUAUAUAUAUAUAUAUAUAUAUAUAUAUAUAUAUAUAUAUAUAUAUAUAUAUAUCACAAUAUCACAAUAUCAUAUAUUAAUAUUAAUCAACAUAAGUGCAGGAGAAGGAGUGGGACUAGAUAAGUCUCUACUUCUUCCCACCCCUUAUUUAUUAUUAUUAUUAUUAUUAUUAUUAUUAUUAUUAUUAUUAUUAUUAUUAUAUGUUCAAAAUAAACUUGAAAAAACUUCAAAACUUAGUUAUAUGCAAAACACAAAGAGAUAUGCUGUAUGAUAUGAACUUUGAUUUGAUCGGGUUAGUUUCAGGUUUGAAAAUAAACUGUAAACACAGUCUAGUGAUUUUAUUUGAAUAUUUAAUACAGUUUGAUCAUAAAAAAAUGGGUAAGACUUUAAAAUAUGGUUUUGAUCCAAGUAGAUCUUCUCAGAGCAUUUUUUAUAUAAUUUACAUUGAGGAUAGAAUAUAACAUGCACCGAACUAUAUAUAUGUAGAUUUUGUGAUUACAACCUGAACCUAAAGCCUUGAAAUGACCUCAAAUUAACUUUAGAUAAAAAGUGCAAAUCUUACUUGUUACCUUACAUUGUACCCUUGUCAUAUUAAUGUGAACACCUCCAUCUUGAAGAUGUACCUAAGUGCAAAUGUUACUCACUGGGUGUCUCCUGUCUCUUAGCUACAAUGUGAGCGUGCUGCAGGACUGGCUGCGGAGCCGUGGUCUGCAGGCAGGGGGCACUGUAGCCACACUGGAACCCCUCAUCCAGGCUGUUAAGCUGCUGCAGGCAGGAAAAAAGACUGAGGCGGAUGCACAGGCUCUCGUUGAAACCUGCACUGCUCUGUCCAGCCAGCAGGUGGGUCACUGUCUACCUUGAUAUAACCAGUGCAGAGUAUAUUUAAAGUGUAGCUUGAUUACAUUUAACAUUUUUUUUUUCUUUGUUGAUAGAUUUCGAAGAUUCUGACCCUCUACACCCCUCAUGGUGACUUCGAUGAAAGAGUCACCAUGAAUUUCAUCCGCAUUGUCCAGGUACUGCACACAGAUGAUAGUGUUUGUGUGUCAAUCAGUUGACAGUUGUGUGUCUCAUAUUAGGAGUCUUUUGUCUUUGCUCUUUCAGGGUCUUCUUAAAGGUCGCUCUGACAGUCAGACUCCACAGCUCCUGAUGGAUAUGAGGCGAGUGUUUCCUGUCACAUUUCCCUACUCGCCUCCCCCCGUCCUCCAUGCAGAGCAGUUAGUCAUCCCUGACUCCCUCAAGAUCUCCUUUCUGCGCAGAUCCUAA